UUCCAGCAUUUCAGCAAAGGAUUCCGGCAGGAAAGGUGGCGAAACUUUAUUUAACAAGAUGUCAGAGAACGAGCAAGACAGCAGCGCAGCAGGUGGCAAGAAGGAAAAUUUCAAAGAGACCACCAAUAUUGGAAGUAUUCCAUUAGAUCUACUGGAAUCUUUACCACUAAAGGAAAGAAUGGCCAUGUAUCAAGAAGCUGCUACCAGCAAGAACCAAACAUCCAACAUGAAUGUGCUAGAGGAGGCGGAAGUUUGCGUAGUACCCGGCGGCCUGGCAACAAUGAAGAAACACUUUGAAACAUCAGAUAAUGUGUCGUCCCACAGCGCUGUCUCUCAGUAUCAAUAUCAACAUAGAUCUGUAAAGGAAACGAGAAGAAGCAAUGAAGUCAAGUUUGUUAGCAGCAGCCAAGCAACUGAGCAACAUGAAUCCCAAUUUUCAGCCAGCAAUACAGAACAGGUGUCGGUUCAUGAGCAAAGCACCCAUGAGACAAGCUCAGCAUCUAAUUAUAAUCAAGAAGCUGAUGGAGGUUGCCAAGAACUUCCAAAGGUUUCUGCUCAAGUUCUUAAGGAGCAGUUUGAGAAAUCUCUUAAGGAAAAAAGUACUAGCUUUGGCGGAAGUGUCACCUCACAAGGGAAAUAUACAAAGAUCUAUAAUGACCAUCCGGAAUUUGAGUGGCCAGUGGUAAAUGCCAACACCUCUAGCUCAACAAGCAAUGUCCAUGACUCAGUGAGUUCAGCACUGAAAACAGGACGGUCUUCAAAGUCUUCUAGCAAUAAAUCUGUUCAUUUCAGAAGUUUGGAAGAGUUCCCGCCUCCUCCACCCCCAAAUAUUUUGGAGACUACCGAUAUAGCAGAUUUUUCCCAGUCCCCAGAACCCCCCAGCCCUCCUGAAAGACCCCUGUCACCUACUACAACCAAAGAUGCGUACUCGAAACAAAGGAACUUAUAUGAGUUGAAACGUUUAUAUAAGCACAUUCAUCCAGAAGUGAGAAAGAACUUACAAAAAGAAUAUGUCACUGAAGUUUCUGAUAUUGUAAGCAGCCAGUCUGAACAAAAAGGUGAUGUGCAACAAGCAAGAUAUGUGUUUGAAAACUCAUCAGGAAGCCCACAGAAAUGCCUUAGCCCAGAAAGAGAGUAUUUAGAAUGGGAUGAGAUUUUAAAAGGAGAAGUGCAGUCAAUGCGGUGGGUCUUUGAAAAUCAACCUUUAGAUUGCAUUAAGGAUGAGUCACCUGAACAAAGCCAUAUCAAAAGUAUUGGAGAACAAGAAAUUAUUGCUGGUGGAGAUGUCAAGUAUACAACUUGGAUGUUUGAAACACAACCAAUUCAUGCCCUUGGUAUGGGUAACUCCAAUUCUUCAGAAAAUGCUGAUAAGGUUCCAGAUUUGGCGAGAGGAGAUGUCCGAACAGCUACAUGGUUAUUUGAAACUCAGCCAUUAGAUGCACUCAAUAAACUUUACAAGGAAAAUGAUUCAGAUAUCCUAAAGGCUUCCGAAGACAUUCAAGGAGGAGAUGUAAAAACAGGUAGAUACCUAUUUGAAACUCAGUAUCAAGAUGGAAGUCUUUCCUAUGUUGAUGAAAUGAACAUGCUGACACUUAGAUCAGAGCUCCAAGAAAUUAAAGGAGAUGUUAAAAGAACGGUAAAAAAGUUUGAGACUGAACCUAAGUAUGUAUUAAAAGAUCAUUCUGGGAAAGUCCUUGAGAUAAAAGCAGUCUGUAGAGAAGACAUUGAAAAGGGAGAUGUAAAAACAGCCCGCUGGAUGUUUGAAACUCAGCCUUUGGAUAUGAUUAAUCAAGAUGAACUUGACAUAAAAGUUGUCAGAGGCAUAUCUAUAGAAGAAAGUAUAAAAGGGGGAGUGGGAAAGGCAAAAUGGCUAUUUGAGACACAGCCUCUUGAUUCUAUUAAAGAAGAAGAGGACACAGUUACUCAAAAAGAAGCUAUAAUUGGUGCAGAUGUGUACCAGAAAUGUUGGAUUUUCGAAACCCUUCCAAUGGAUAUGUUGAAAGACAAAGCCAAUGAAAGACCACUUGAGGGGCAAGAGAUAAUAGGUGGAAAUGUGAGCAACGCAAAACAUUUAUUUGAAACAGUGCCAAUGGAUGAACUUAAAGAAGAUAUUGAGGUAGGAAAGCUUAAAAAAGUGGUUACCAAUGAGGAGGAAAGAGGAGAUGUUCGCCAUCAAAGAUGGGUUUUCGAAACAAGACCACUUGAACAAAUAAGGGAGGAGAAGAAAGAAUAUAUUCAAACAGUCAGGCUUGAUGAAAUCCACAAAGGAGAUGUAAGUGCCUGCAGAAGUGCAUUUGAAAGUCAAAACUGGCAAACUGAUGACUCUUCCUAUAAGAUUCAAAUUGAAGAUGUUAAUAAGGGAGCUGUAAAGCUCAACAAAAAUCUUUUUGAAACAACACCCUUAUAUGCUAUCAAAGAUCGAUUUGGGCAUUAUCAUGAGGUCAAGACUAUCCGCCAAGAAGAAGUUGUGAGGGGUGAUGUAAGAACUUACCAAUGGAUGUUUGAAACAAUACCAAUUGACCAGUUUGGAGAAAGCGUUGAGAACUACCAAGUUAUUAGGGGAAUAUCUUCUAAAGAAAUACAGUCUGGAGAUGUCAAAACAGGAAAAUGGCUUUUUGAAACCCAGCCACUGGAUUCAAUAAAAUACCUUAGCAAUGCAGAAGAAGAAGAAACUAUAAAAGAAGGCAAAACUGACAUGGUUAAAGGUGAUGUGAAGAUGUGUAAAUGGCUUUUUGAAAACCAGCCGAUGGAAGAUCUCUAUGACAAACAGAUACAAAUGACAAACAUUGAAGAAAUUCAAAAAGGAGAUGUUAAAACCUGUACUUGGCUUUAUGAAACUCAGCCACUUGACACAAUACAAGAUGAAACAGAUAAGUCAACAAAGUUGCAAAGGGAGAAAAUUGAAGGAAGGGAUGUGCAAACUGUUUGCUUCCUUUUUGAGACUCAGAAUUUAGAGCAUAUCCAAGGAGAAGAGAAAAAAGACUUCAAGAGAGUAGUUGAAAUUGAUGUUCAGUCUGGUGAUGUCUCAAGUAUGAAAUACAUUUUUGAAAACCAGCCUCUGGAUAAACUUAGUUCUAGUUCAGAGGUGUUACAAAAAAUAAAAAGCAUGAAAUCUGAAGACCUUCAAAAAGGAAAUGUCCUAAAUUGCAGGUGGCUUUUUGAAAAUCGUUCUAUCGAUGAGAUCAGUGAAAACCAAGAGAAAAACAAAGCCGCUUGUGCCAUCACCGAUGUGCAAGCUGGAAAUGUAAGAAAAGGAUGUUUUAUUUUUGAAACUUUUUCACUUGAUCAGAUAAAGGAUGAAAGUUCUGAAGAUACAAUGACAAAAACAGUUGGUGUGGAGGAAAUAUUAAAAGGCGAUGUAAAAAAUUAUACACUGAUGUUUGAAACACAGCCCCUGUAUGCUAUUCAAGAUAAAGAAGGCUAUUACCAUGAAGUAACAACAGUGAAGAAAGAAGAGGUGUCUCAUGGUAAUGUUCGUGGAACAAGGUGGCUGUUUGAGACUAAACCAUUAGAUUCGUUUGAUGAUUCUAAUAAUGUAUUUAUUAUAAAGGCUGUUACCCAAGAGGAUAUUCAGAAAGGAGAGGUUAAUGCUGUGCGGUGGCGGUUUGAAACCCAACCAUUAGACAAAAUUUCUGAUUAUACCAAAUCAGAUAUACGUACUAUUACAACUAUCGAAGGUGGAGAUGUGAAAAGCAGUAGGGAACUCUUUGAAACGGAAAAUAACACCCAGGCUGUAAGAACAGUAAGCAUCAGUGAGAUUAAACAAGGCAAUGUUAAAACCUCUACUUGGUUAUUUGAAAGUCAUACACUUGAUGAACUUCAUGAAGAAGGUUAUGAAGAUAUGAAAACAGUGACAGUGGAAGACAUACAAAAAGGGGAUGUUCAAGAAGCUGUCUGGCUUUUUGAAAACCAGAGUUUAGACUCAAUCCGUGUAAAGGAUGAAAGUGUUCAAGAGAUAUUGAAGGAAGAAAUUCCACAAGCUGAUGUUAGGACCACAACCUGGCUCUUUGAAACAACACCUUUUCAUGAGUUUAAUGAGCAGAAGACAGAAAAAGAGGAUAUUAUUGGAAAGAGCAUUCAUGAAACAUUAAAAGAACUAUAUAGCCACAAGCUUUUGAAAUCUCAAGGGAUUAUUUUAGAAGCUGAUGAAAUUGGUGAUGUCCGCAUGGCCAAAUACCAGCUCAUGAACCAACAAAGUCCAGAAAUUGAAAAGGAAGAAGUUAUAAGAGGUAAUCUUCAGAAUAUAAUGAUAAACUUAUUGUCCCAAAACUCUUCUACUGAAAGAAGGAUUCAUUUAAAUGAUGAAGAAAAGGGAAAUGUCUCCUUGACAAGAUCACAGUUACUGAGCAGAUCCACCGAUGUACAAGCAAACAGGGAAGACAUUAUUGGGGGAGAUGUACAAGCAGCUAUCAAGAGCCUUCUCUUCCAUAAAGACCUUGGAAAGCAAGGAAUACUAAUUCAAGAAAGUGAUAAAGGGGAUAUAAAAAUGACUGUGUACUCUCUUCUUAACAAGAAUGACAAAGGUGAUUAUGAGCGUGAUGAAGUGGUAGGCGGAGAUGUAAAACGUGCAAUUUAUAAUUUAAAGUCCUCUGCCAUGACAAGUGAGAGACUGGAGAAAUUUAAAAUUGAUGACUUGGAAAGAGGCAAUGUACAGUUUUUUACUACUUGCAUUGAAUCUGGAGCAUUAGAUUAUCUAAAACGACUACAAGGUGUCUCCGAUGACAUUGCUUCUGAACAAAUGGAGGAAAUUAUGGGAGGUGAUGUCGAGGCUACCAAAUUGUUGCUAAAAAAGCAGCAGUACCAAAUUGACCGAACAGUUGAUGAAAUGGAUAUCAUCCCUGGGGAUGUAUAUAAUACGGUUAAGGUUUUUACGACUGAGCCAGUAAAUAAAUCUUUUGAUGUAAAUAAAGAAGAAGUCAUACGGGGAGACUUGAAAGCAACCCUAAAUUCACUUAACCAAGCCAUCAGUCAGUCUGUGGUUGUAGAGAAAGAAGAAGUUAUUAAAGCUGAUCUUCCUGCAACACUUAAGUCCCUUACAGAUUCAGUUCACCAAGUGAAAGAUACGGAAAAGCCAGAUGUCGUCCCUGGUGACAUUCAGAGAACCAUUGAUUCUCUGGAAAAAGCAGUAAGCCUUAAAACCGAGUUUGUUAAAGAAGAUGUGAUUCAUGGCAACCUUGAGGCAACAUUAAAAUCUUUAAAAGAAGCACAGCAGUCAGUAAACAAAAUAGAGAAAGAAAAUGUAAUUAAAGGAGAUAUCAGUGCAACCAUGCAAACCCUAAUUGACUCAACUGCUGAAAAGAGACAUGUCCAGCAUCAAGUCAGUGUUCAAGGUGAUGUAAAAAGUGCCGUGACGACAUUGCUGCAGCCUCCACCCCAGACAACUCAACGAAGAGCAAGUUCUGAAGGAAAUGUUAAAGAUACAAUCAAGACGUUUUUGCAGUCUGCUGAAAAUGCUCUAGUCUCAAGCAAACGAGAAGUUUCAGUUGGAAAACUGAUUGAUAUAGAAUUUGACACCAAGCAGAUAUCAACUGAAAUUGAUCAUAAGGAUGAGCAAAAUAUUAAUAGUUUUAAACAAGAGGCUAUUGAAACAUCAACAAAAACUGAUCACAAGAGUGAAAAAGAUAUUAAAACUCUCCAAAAAAAAGCUAUUGAAACUUCCAACGUGUUAGCUGAUAGCAGACAAAUUAAUGGAACUUCUGAACAAAAAUUGGAUAAGAAAGUUACAGUGUCUAGGGUUGAUAAAGAGCAAAAGUCUAUAGCCAGCAAGUCUUUGAAAAAACAGAACACAUUCUCCAAUGCUCAAACUGCAGUACUAAUAUCUGAAGAGAAAACAUAUUUGGGUCAAGGAUCUAGCAAGGGACAGAUAGAAAAAAUGUCAACAGAUCUAAUCAAUCAAAACAAAGUAAUGCAAAAAGCAAACCUGUCAUCCAAUAUCAAUACUUCCAAAUCCAACGCUAUCAAUAUGAUUAAUAGAAGCAGCUACCAAACAUCGGAACAUGUUCACAAACAAGUAACAAAUCAACAGCACUCAAAAAGGAUUGCUUUGGAAAAUGUUAUGGAUACUCGGCAAGCACAAGAUUUAGAUUCCAUCAAUAACAAUGUAGAACUUGUAGAAAAUGCAUUAUUGUUUGAAGGUGGUAUUGCAUUACCAAGACAAACUGAAAGGGACCAUCAUAUGUGCGUAAGCAGAAAAUCCACCCAGGAGAACAGUGAAACAAGUAAAUCUGUUAUAACUAAAAGUCUCAUAAACAGUCAUAAUCUUAAUGCAAAAGUUGUAAAACAAAGAGAAAAACCCGAGAUUUUCUUUCCUCCUCCUCCCCCUUUGCCACAUACUCCUAUAUUAGAGCCUCCUUUGGCACCUACACCACCACCACCUCCACCACCCCCACCUCCAUUGCCAGCCCAUUUGUUAUUUAGAGGAACCAAUGAGCCAGAGUAUUUUCCUUCACCGCCACCUCCUGUAGUGGAUAAAAUGGAGAAUGACUUGCUACCACCUCCCUCUGAAACAUCCCCUUCUAUGAUGCAAUACAAAGGACAUAAAGAAUUAGUUAGUAAGAAAGUAAGUUAUAUACCUACUCAUGAACAGUCAGUCAGAAGCAAAACAGAGUCAAAUACUUAUUCUAAGAGAUAUUCUGCAAAACAAUCAGAGGUAGCACAGCACCAUACUGAAAAACAACAGGCAACAAACUAUGUGGAGAAAAAACCACCUGAAGUGCUACCAAAGUCAAAACUACCUGUCUUUCAGUCUAAAACAGGGGUCACAGCAUCUUCACACAUUAGUGAAAGUCAACGUUUAAGCAAGCAGUCUACAGUUUUGGCACAAGAACAAAGAGCGUGUAUAACCCAAUCAUAUUCUGAGCACUCUGAACAAACAGCAAGUCACCAUGAGUUUGAAUCAUUCAGUAAAGGGGCAUUAAGUGCCAAGAAAGAUGUAUUAUCUUCACCAAGUAUAUCUCCAGCAAUGAGAACUGAUAACCCAACUAUUCAUUCUAAAAUAGAAGCCAAUACAUUUACCCAAAAAACGUUAGUUCAUAAACAAAGUCUAAACUCCUCUCAGCCAAGUGUACAAGAUUAUGACCAACUAACAUGUGAUCAAGAAUUAGAAAGAAUUCAUGAAGAAUCCUUAAAACCAAAGAAAAACAUUUUGUUUUCACCAAGAAUAUCUCCAGCACAAGUCAGUAAAUCACAGUCUUCUAAACGUAACACUGUUAAUCAAGCUAAUGAAACUAAAGUUUCUGUAUCAUCAGAAACAACUUCAGCACAGUCACAAAAUGUUACCAUGGCUCAGUUGAGUGAACAUGACUUGGAUCAACUAGCAUGUGACCGUGAGAUGGAAAUAAUUCAUGAACAAGCAAUAAAACCCAAAAGAAAGGUGUUCUUUCCUCCUAGAAUGUCUCCAGCUAUUCAAGCUGAAACUCCUACCCCAAAAUCUAAAACCUACAUUAGGAAAUUUAAGACUCCACUAAUGAUUGCUGAAGAAAAAUACCGCCAACAAAGGGAAGAAAUGGAGAAAAACAGGACUGUAUCUCAAAUUAGUACAGCAACAGGUAGUGAAACUCCUAUGAAACAGGUCACAGCAGAGUCAGAAACAGUCACAUUUAUAGCAGAGGAUCAACCUAAAAAUAUAGAGAUACCAGUUAAAGAUCUAAUUAAUACACAAAGCCAAGUAAAUGCAAGAGGUGAGUCAUACAACAUAAAUCAUCACAAUUCUGCCCAGUUAAUGUCUGCUUCUUCAUCAUCAUCAGUCAACACGAAUGUUCCAAAAGUGCAAACAUUCACCACAGAAACACAAAUGAAGCAACUGCAGCAUUCAAAGGUUGUUAUGGAAUCCACAACAGAACAGACAACCAAUCAACAAACUAAGGACAAGUUUGAAAAAUCAAAACAAAUUAAUCAGAUGCAUAUAGCCAAACCACUUUAUCCUCAACCUGACAAUGACCGAGCUCCUGAAAGUCUAGAAACUUCAAAGUCUGAAAUAACUGCUAAAAUGGUAAAUGCAACAGGCAAUAAGAAACACUUUGACAGUGCAUCUAUUGUGAUGAAACAAAAAUUCAAUGAGCAUGAUCAAACUAUUCAUGAUACAGACAGUCAUCUAAUACAAGAAUUAAAUACCCAAUUAAUUUCUCAAACUUUAGAGCAGAAGAAGGUACAGAGCUCUAGUAAUGUGCAAGCUGUGUCUAAUGUAAAUGUAACAAAAAAACAGCAAAGCAAUGAAGCUGUCAUUAGCAGCAAAGUAGCCAAACACAUAGAAUCACCAAAAUUCCAAAGAAAGUUACAGAUUAAAAAAGAGCAGGUUAAAAAUGAUACUGUAGUCAACCAGAAUGUUGCUAGUGUUAAUGCACAUUCAGAAAAAUCAAAAAUAGUCCAGCAAUCUCAAAUUCAUCAUCAACAAGCAUCACUUCCACCACCACUUCCAAAAGAAGUACAGAAACAACAUGUUUCCAUUUCCACUGUCCAAAAUGUUGCUGCAGGAAAACAGUUUAAAGAAACAAAAGAAGUAACUGAAAGCCAUAAAAAACACAUAUCUUCAGAAUCACAGAACAAGGAGCAAGAGAAAUCUUCAAAUGUAAUAGAAUAUCUCAGAAAAUGUGAAGAGUUGCAAAAGACAUUGUCCAAUGCCAAGAAAUUUGAAACACAACCACAAACAUUGAAUAUAAACACUUUUAAAACAUUUCUAAACAUUGUUCCUUCCUGGUUAAUUAGUGCCGAAAAAAAGGAAGAUAUGGCACACCAAGCCGCUUCCACCAAUAUGGAAGGAAUUACUGAACAAGUGUCCUACAUUAAGAAGCAUGCCACAGACAUGCAUUCAACUUUUGAAAGCAAUAUCCAAGCAGCUAUAAGAUCUUCCACAUUUGCAAAAAGUACAAAUGAAAUCUUUCCCCCAAGUGGAGUAUCGCAGAAGGAAGUUAGCACAUUUUCCAAAAAAACUGACGUGGCAAGUAGGCAAAGAAAGAUCAGCAAUGAGUUCAGUAGGCUGCCAACUGAUAUGAAGCAGUCCGAUAUCAGAGCUUGUUCCCCUUUGCUGAGGAUGCGACCGCCAUCACCUACUUACAUAACUAUAGAAUCUACUGUAAGACGUACUGAGUCCCCACAAAAAGACAGAGUUCCAUGUCCUCCUGCUCCCCUGAAAGAACCAGUCAAUGUGCCAUUACCCCCAAAACGUACAGCAGCAGCCAAAACAACUCCAUCUCCUUCUCCAAUUCCCCAAAAGAAUCGGACAGAGCAGCUUGCCAAACUCAAAGACACCACUGCAAAGUUAUCUCAAGGAACAACAACACAACAUCGGGCAGUCACUCCUAUUCCAGUAGUGGUAGAAAAAAGAUGUGAGAUAGUACAUUCUCCCUCCACUUUACGAAGGCAGCUUAAAAUAGAGAGUCAUACUACAGGCUCUGUAAGAACUACACCUGUCCCUUCAGGUGAAGUGACAGUCAGCACAGUGGAGGACCGUACAGAAAUUUACGAGGAAGCAAGAAUAUCUGAAACGCAUCAAGCACUCUCUCAAACUGAUCCAAAACACAUUCCAAAGUGGCUGGGCCCAGACUUGGAUAGUUUGGAUGUAGUAUCCAUCUCACAGAAAACUAAGAUCCCUGCAGAACACACAUUUGAAACGAAAGCUAAAAAUGUUUACAUGAGAGAUGAAACAAAUAAGAAAUCAAAUACAGAUGGUUCAAGAGAAGUGCAAACAGCAGGCCAAACGGAAAGUGUAAAUUCUCGUUUCAGAACACAAACUGGACAAAAAAAGACACUGCAAAAGGAAACCCAAAAAUCAGCUGCUGAUGUUCCUUCAACAGUGAAAUCUAGGACAGUUCCAAUAAAACAGAUUAAAGACCACAGGGAGAACACAUCCAAGCAUAUGUUUGCAAGCAGUCAAGAAGAGAACAGUGAACAUUUAUUUAAACCAGCGAUGCAUUCUGAGACAAUAUCCCAAGUUUCUGGUGUUGACAAGAUGGAAAGCAGGGUGACAAGGUCAAGGGCUCCAUGGAACCCUGAAGCUGUAAAGCCAGGCUUUGAAUUCAAACAUGCUCCUCCGACAUAUGAAGAUGUCAUAUCAGGUCAUAUGCUCGACAUUUCCUCCGCUGAAUCUCCAGAGGAAAUAUUAAAGAAUUUUCAAAAAACCUGGGAAGAAAGUGAAAGGGUAUUUAAGAGUCUCGGCUAUACCGUCUCAGAUACUUCUGAAAUGACAAGCAGCUAUCGUCAGGAAGAAUAUAUUACUGAAAACACUUCUGCAGGAAAAGGAAACGUGCAUCGUCUGUCAAAAGAAGGUUUACCCAAUGGAAUGCCUAGUGGCAGACAAGCAGAUCUUUCAUAAGAACUGCUUCGGCUGUAACCACUGUGGGAGUAAAUUAAGUUUAGGAAAUUAUGCUUCUCUCCAUGGAAACAUAUACUGCAAACCCCACUUUAAACAACUCUUCAAGUCAAAAGGAAAUUAUGAUGA